GUUGUCUCCCUCCCAAGGGGCCGGAAUGCUCCGGGCCCGCGGUAUAAAGGCAGCCGCCGUGGCGGUGGCGGCUCAGAGCUCUGCGCUCCCUGCAGUCGGGACUCUGGGACCGCGGGGGCUCCCGGAACCCUGACUGUGCAGCUGCACCGACACGGUUUCGCAGGGGCCCGGGCUUGCAAAGUGACAGUCAUUUCUCUUUCUCCCUCCUGAGUCCUUCUGAGAUGAUGGCUCUGGGCGCAGCGGGAGCUGCCCGGGUCUUGGUCGCGCUGGUAGCGGCGGCUCUCGGCGGCCACCCUCUGCUGGGAGCGAGCGCCACCUUGAACUCGGUUCUCAAUUCCAACGCCAUCAAGAACCUGCCCCCGCCGCUGGGCGGCGCUGCGGGGCACUCGGGCUCUGCAGUCAGCGCCGCGCCCGGAAUCCUGUUCCCGGGCGGAAAUAAGUAUCAGACCAUUGACAACUACCAGCCGUACCCGUGCGCGGAGGACGAGGAGUGCGCCACCGACGAGUACUGCGCUCGUCCCACCCGCGGAGGGGACGCGGGCGUGCAGAUCUGUCUCGCCUGCAGGAAGCGCCGGAAACGCUGCAUGCGUCACGCUAUGUGCUGCCCCGGGAAUUUCUGCAAAAACGGAAUAUGUGUGUCUUCUGAGCAAACUCACUUCCGAGGGGAAAUUGAGGAAACCAUCACUGAAAGCUUUGGUAAUGAUCAUAGCACUUUGGAUGGGUAUUCUAGAAGAACUACAUUGUCUUCAAAAAUGUAUCACACCAAAGGACAAGAAGGUUCUGUCUGUCUCCGGUCGUCAGACUGCGCCACAGGACUGUGUUGUGCUAGACACUUCUGGUCCAAGAUCUGUAAACCUGUCCUCAAAGAAGGUCAAGUGUGUACCAAGCACAGGCGAAAAGGCUCCCAUGGGCUGGAAAUAUUCCAACGCUGUUACUGCGGAGAAGGUCUGUCUUGCCGGAAUCAGAAGGAUCACCAUCAAGCCAGUAAUUCUUCUCGGCUUCACACUUGUCAGAGACACUAAACCAGCUAUCCAAGUGCAGUGGACUCCUUUUAUAUAAUAGAUGAUAUGAAAACCUUUUAUGACCUUCAUCAACUCAAUCCUAAGGAUAUACAAGUUCUGUGGUUUCAGUUAAGCAUUCCAAUAACACCUUUCAAAAACCUGGAGUGUAAGAGCUUUGUUUCUUUAUGGAACUCCCCUGUGAUUGCAGUAAAUUACUGUAUUGUACAUUCUCAGUGUGGCACUUACCUGUAAAUGCAACAAAACUUUUAAUUAUUUUUCUAAGGGUGCUGCACUGCCUAUUAUUCCUCCUGUUAUGUAAAUUUUUGUACACAUUGAUUGAUAUCUUGACUGACAAAUAUUCUAUAUUGAAUUGAAAUAAAUCAUUUCAGCUUAUAGUUCUUAAAAGCAUAACCUUUUCCCCCUUUUAAUUCUAGAGUGUAGAAUGCAAGGAUCUCUUGGAAUGACAAAUGAUAGUAUUAAAAUUUAACAAGAAAAUACUAGCUUAUUUUCUGAACUGUACUAUCUUAAUGCUUAAAUUAUAUUUCUCUUUAGACUGUGAUAGUUUUUGAAAUAAAAUUUAACAUGUAAUAUGAAAUGUUAUAAGUAGACAUA